AUGAACCCUUUCCAGCAGGGGGCGUGCUGGAUCCUCGUUCUGCUCCUGGAGCUACAAGAGACGCAGCUGCAGCAGCAAGCUUUGAAAUGCCGCUCCUAUGAAGACUGUUGUGGCUCACGGUGUUGCAUAAGAACUCUGUCUAUUCAGCGACUAUGGUACUUCUGGUUCCUCCUGAUGAUGGGAGUUCUCUUUUGUUGCGGGGCAGGGUUUUUUAUCCGAAGGCGGAUGUAUCCUCCGCCGCUGGUUGACGAGACGACUUACAACGUAUCGUACACCCGACCACCUAACAGCUCCGCUGCAGGGAUGCCCUACUAUGCUGAGCCAGAAGGAGCGGCGAUGAACCCCAUGGCUAUGCCCUACCACGUCCAACCGAAGUCUCCGCAAGUGAACCUUGUUUACCCGCCUCCCCCAUCGUACUGCAACACGCCACCUCCUCCGUACGAGCAGGCUGUGAAAUCUUCCACAUAACCUCCCUGCUGAAGCAGAAACCAUUUCCAAAAAAAAGAGGCAGGAUUGGGAGCGAAGGAAGAUGUCCGACCUCCUUUGCCCUCCUGUAGCUUGGCAUUCUUUGGACAGCAGCUGCCGCUUUGCAGCAAAGAGAGACUCUCUUCUGACGCCAGAGCCAAGUCUUUUAAAAUGCUUUCCCCCUCCCUUCUUGGAAGCCUAUAUUUAAAUACCUUUUAUGCUUUCCUUUUUAUUUAUUCUCUUUGGAAUCCCAAGGGGUGUUUUAAGACAUCAUCGUGGCGCGGUACGGUAGUAAGCACAAAAUGACGUAAAAGUCAAAUUUAGUAUUUGAAAUGGAGAGGUAGAGAGGGACCGGGCAUAGGGACGGACAGCUCAAACCAGUUCAAACUGAUAAGGUGACAAAUCCAUAAGAAGGGAUUGGAUGAAGCAAGCCCAGAGGAACUCUGGGGGAAAAGACAGGUGACCAGGGGACACACAUGUCACUUCUACAGACCUUGCAAGGGACAAAGCUACGCCGUAUCCACUCCAGCCCACAUUUUUUUUUUCUGCCAACCAUUUAUUUUCUGGUCUUGGUUACAAGAAUAAAUAUGUAUAAAAGUACUGGGGGUGAUGUGGAUGUUAUAGCAAGGUGACAGCGAGCAUGGAAAAGGCAAACCUUCCAGACUGACAGUGACAUAGUCACUCAGAGCAGAGAAACCUUGGAUCACCCAGGAAAAGAAAUUGUCUCCGAAAGUGAACAUUGACUAAAGUAAAAUACAGAAUGGAUUGUGCUGUUGACGUGGAGUCCCUUUGUUCAUGAGUUAGGUGUAUACUUAAGAUUUUUUUUUCAUGUACACUUAAAGUAUAAAAUUGAGACUGUGACUAGACAUAUGUAUCCCAGUUGGUUGACCUCUCCAGUUGAGUGUAUACUGGAUGCGUGUUUCUGGGAUUGUCUUGCUGUAAUGUGUAAAAUCUUAAGUUAGGUUUGAGUGUUUGUGUAUCUCUUCUGCAUGUCCCUUUCAGGCGUCAGUCUCAUAUUUCUUUCAAAAUCCUGCCCAGGUGAUUUCCACCCACCUUUGCAAUUUCCUCAAAUGAAAGUCCUUCAUUGACCACUGAGAUUUUUUGGGAAGUGACUGAAAAUUCUCCAGAAUGGGACAAAUCUCAGGCCGGGGUAGUGGGGGAGGAGUACACUUUGAGAAAAUGAGGACUUGUGGGAAACAUCAAAUAUGUCCCCUUACAGUCACUUUGCCCUUCAAACUGAGUACGAGAAGAGUGCCCGCCAUUGUUACAACUAGGGUGAGAUAGCCCAGAUUUGUCUUCCAUAAUUUCGGCUUUCCAUCUUUGGCAUGACAAAAUUCUGCCAGCUUUUGCUUCUCGAACUUUCCAGGUUGCUGAAUGAGACAUUUGCCAGGAUGCAACCUUGGAGACCCAACCCCCCAUCUUUAUAUCAGCUGCUGAAUUGGGAGACCAACUUCUCUCAUUCUCUCUCUCUUCCUACUUUGUCAUUGUGCCCACUCCCCACUGUUUCCUGUUGGUAGAGUAUGCCCUAUGAUGGGAAAGAAAGAAAUGGAAGACAAAAAAAAUUGAAGAAGCCGCAAGAGAAGCUGCUGCCGGCCUCAUCUCCCAUUUCAACUCUGGACUGAAGGAUGAAGGAGCAAUCCAUGGUUUGUUAUUUGCUAAAUAGAACAUUUGAAAGAGCCUCUUCCACAGGAUACGGGAUCUUAUGGCUGUUACCGAGUGUGUUAAAAGCACUCUUGUGAAGCGGGCUUUGAUUUGAACAGCUCUGCAACUUGGAAUUAACAUAUGCUCAGAACCCAAACAUAUACUAUCUGCUGAACGUAAGACAGGGCAGGCAAUCCAAACAUUUGGACUUCACUGUUUAGCUCAAGGUUAUCAGCUUUUGGCCGGGCAUGGGAGAUGUAUUUGCUAAUGUAGCAAGUGGCCAGUUAUAGAAGGCCUUCGUUCCCAACUUCUUUUUUAGGCCUGUGGUCACCUGUACAAUUCUGUAACCCCAUAGUGGCUGCAGCUGCAGUUGGCGAUGGAACCACAAACAGCUGGUUGCUUUAGUCAUACAUUUUUGGUGGCAGUUGCUGCCAAAGCAACAUUUCAAGAAAUCUGUACAGCCAACCAAAUCUCCAGCGGCCAAUUGGGAAACCUUGCUGGACAAAAAUGCUGCUUGCCCUUGCCUACUUUCUAAAUCCCCUUGGUGGGCUCCAGGAAAGGGUCUCGUGGAUACCAUAUCCCUCAUAUUUUAUUUACUUUAUGCUGGUCUGUGACCAUAAUAAAGAUCGAUUGGUGGCUCCCGUGGGUGCCACGUUGGAGACCUCUGGUUUAGUUUCCGUAGCCAUUCAAAGGAUGAGGCUUAGGUUUGUGGUGUUCAUCAUGUACCCGUGUAGUAAGUGAUAAAACUGAUUCCUUGUCAUGGUACAUACUGAUGAUAUUCCAGCUGGACAUCUGAGUAGGCAUCCAGUUUGUAUAUCCUUGAUGUAUCUCGUGGACUGAGAUUCUGGAUCUAUGACUGUUCUGGUGGAGCUGAUGUUUUUAGCUUUUGUAUUCCUUGUAUCCUAGUUGGACCAUUAAUUAUGUAACUGAAAAGCACAGUUUUGAUCUUCAAAAUAUUGUAAUUAAAUUUGCCAGUGUUUUAGA